CAUCGGGAUAGUUAUGGAAUUGAAAGGGCUUGAAGCUAAUGCGAUGCUUGCGUUAUCUCUUUGAAAAUUGCAUCUCCAUCCCUUGCUCAUUGCCGUUGCCGCUCGUGGCGCCCGGAGGAGUAGUGCUUCUCCCGGAGAUUUAAGCCAUCGCCUCUGAUUCACAUCUCAAAGGACGCACAGUGUGCUGUGGAGAACCACUAGCUCUUUGCCUCUUGUGAUUCUGAUGAUGGCCAUGGAAGUGUCAAGUAAAGCUCUCAAGGUCAUUUGUUAUGGAAAAUGUUGAGCUAUCAACUUGGAUGAUCUACAGUGAAGAAGUGCAAUUCUUCUUUGAUUGAUAUUUUGCACAAUUUCAAUCUUUGACAAAUCCUCUGGGACUUUCAGAUCUAUAACUAGUCAUUAUUUUUAAACUUUUUUCAUUCUUUCUGGCAAUUUUCCCUCUACCUAUAAAUUUUUGGCUUUAGUUUCUUAAUUAUCUUCAAGAAUUGUACCCUAGUGUUAUUUAUCAAUAAUAUGUUAUCGCCUUUUCCACUCUUCCCCUCGCAGUUCAGUUCAGUUACUUAUAUAGCUACUUCAACUAGCAUUAGUCCUCCUCUGUUCAUAUGGACAUAUAGUACAUUCCUAUCAGUAGGAAAGCAUAUCAAAGCAACUAGCCCAGUUUUCUUUUCACUCCAUUCUGCAGUAGCUUCCCUUGAGGAGGCAGCAGUAGAAGAUGAGGAAAAAACUGAUGCAAAACUUAAAUGGGUCGAUAUUGGCCCUAUCAUUACAGAGGCACAGAAGCAGGCAAUUUCUCAACUCCCUCCAAAAAUGACUAGACGGUGCAAGGCUCUCAUGAAGCGCAUCAUUUGCUUCUCCCCUAAGGAUGAAAUCAUGUCUAUUCUGCUGGCCUCAUGGGUGAAGACUAUGAAGCCAAUACGGGCUGAUUGGUUGUCAGUUAUGAAAGAAAUUAGGAGGUUGGGGAACCCUCUUCUCUUGGAGGUUAUGGAAUUUGCAUUGCUGGAAGACUCAUUUGAAGCAAAUAUUCGGGACUACACCAAACUUAUCGACAUGUAUGCAAAGCACAGUAUGUUGCAAAAUGCUGAGAAUAUUUUUCAAGCAAUGAAGGAAAGAGGUUUUACAUGUGAUCAGGUUACCCUGACUGUUCUAGUUCACAUGUACAGCAAAGCUGGAUAUCUUAACAAAGCUGAAGAAGUCUUUGAAGAGAUCAAAUUGCUAGGCUUGCCUGUGGAUAAAAGAUCAUUUGGUGCAAUGGUAAUGGCCUAUGUUAGAGCUGGGAUGCUAGACCUCGCAGAGAACCUCCUGAGAGAAAGUGAGGCGCAGGAGAUUUAUGUAGGAAAAGAAGUUUACAAGGCAUUGUUGAGAGCAUAUGCAAAGCUUGGAAAUACUGACGGAGCUCAAAGAAUGUUCAAUGCCAUACAGCUUGCACGAAUUGUUCCUGAUUGUUGGUUUUGUGCUCUUCUUAUAACUGCAUAUUGCCGAGCUGGUCAGAGUGACAAAGCUCAUAGUGUGUUAGAGAAUAUGAGGACUGUGGGUCUUGAUAUAAAUGACAAAUGUGUUGCUUUAUUAUUGUCUGCUUAUGAGAAGGAGAACAAGCUCGAGAAGGCUCUCUCCUUGCUGGUAGACCUGGAGCAAGAUGGAAUUAUGGUUGCUGAAGAAUCAUCCCAGAUUUUGGCAAGUUGGUUUCGUAGGUUGGGUGUUGUCAAGGAAGUAGAACUUGUUUUGAAGGAAUUUUCUGAAAGAAAGAGCAAUGGGAAAAGAAGCACAUUGCCUAGUGAAUGAGCAAUUGUUUUUUUCCCAUGUCGCAAACAUUCGAGCAAAAGUAGCAGCUAAAGUGUGAAAAGUCAAAGUU